GCGCCGCCGCCAGCUUUCCGCAGAGAAAAGCGCACUGGAGUUUGUGCUACUAGUGGUGCACGAGGUUCGUGCGUUCUGCUUUUAAACGCGUCUGUAAAUCGAGAUGUCGCAUCCGUCCCCAGAAGCUAAGCCUUCCAAUCCCAGUAACCCCCGAGUCUUCUUUGACGUGGACAUCGGAGAGGAGCGAGUUGGUCGAAUCAUCUUAGAAUUGUUUGCAGAUAUUGUACCCAAAACUGCAGAAAAUUUUCGUGCAUUGUGCACAGGAGAAAAAGGCAUUGGAUCCACGACUGGGAAACCUCUCUAUUUCAAAGGAUGUCCUUUUCAUCGAAUUAUUAAGAAAUUUAUGAUUCAGGGUGGAGACUUCUCCAAUCAGAAUGGGACAGGUGGAGAAAGUAUUUAUGGUGAAAAAUUUGAAGAUGAAAAUUUCUACUAUAAGCAUGAUCGGGAGGGUUUACUGAGCAUGGCAAAUGCAGGCCGCAAUACAAAUGGUUCUCAGUUCUUUAUCACGACAGUUCCGACUCCUCAUUUGGAUGGGAAGCAUGUGGUGUUUGGCCAAGUAAUUAAAGGCAUAGGUGUGGCAAGGAUGCUGGAAAAUGUAGAAGUGAAAGGUGAAAAACCUGUCAAAUUGUGCGUUAUUGCAGAAUGUGGAGAACUCAAAGAAGGGGAUGAUUGGGGAAUAUUACCAAAAGAUGGCUCUGGCGAUAGUCAUCCAGAUUUCCCAGAGGAUGCAGAUAUAGACUUAAAAGAUGUAGAUAAAAUUUUACUAAUAACAGAAGACUUAAAAAACAUUGGAAAUACUUUUUUCAAAUCCCAGAACUGGGAGAUGGCCAUGAAAAAAUAUGCAAAGGUUUUAAGAUAUGUGGAUAGUUCAAAGGCUGUUAUUGAGAAAGCAGAUGGAUCUAGGCUGCAGUCUAUAGCCUUAAGCUGUGUGCUGAAUAUUGGUGCUUGUAAACUGAAGAUGUCAAAUUGGCAGGGAGCAGUUGACAGUUGUUUAGAGGCUCUUGAAAUGGACCCAUCAAAUACUAAAGCACUGUAUCGAAGAGCUCAAGGAUGGCAAGGAUUAAAAGAAUACGAUCAGGCACUGGCUGAUCUUAAGAAAGCUCAGGAGAUAGCACCAGAAGAUAAAGCCAUCCAGGCAGAAUUGCUGAAAGUCAAACAGAAGAUAAAGGCAGAGAAAGAUAAAGAGAAGGCAGUAUAUGCAAAAAUGUUUGCUUAGAAAGGAUUCAAUUUUGCUUAAAUAUUAUGCAUUUAUUGUAUAAAGGCAAUAAGACAAUGUAAGAGUUAUUGUCUAUAUGUGAUUGCUAAUGUGAUUCCUUUGACAUUUCAGUUCUUCAUUGUUUACACUUUAAAAUACUGAUACAGGUUCCCUGUUAAUAAAAAGUGGCAAAAAAUACAGUGAAGUUGAUUUAAAAAUUC